AUGGGCAAUUGCCUUAAACCGAGGGAUCCCUUAGAGGAAAUUCUUCCGAGAGAAAGCGGAAUCGAUGCAUCUGCCGUUAGAGAUGCUAAUCCACCGAUUAUAUGCCUAAUCGGUGGACCAGGAACAUCUCAAAGUGAACGAAUAAUUGUUGUCAUUUUUUUUUCAGUAACACAAUCGAUAAAAGUAACAGAAAAAUUUCGUUUGGUUAAUAUAAUAAGUUCUGACAUAUUACGAGACGAGGUACACACUAGAUCAGUUAAAGGAGUUGUAUUAGCAAGAUACAUGUCUCAAGGACGAUUGGUACCAGCCGACGUUUUGAUAGAACUCAUUAAAACUAAGUUGUUGGCACAUUUAAACACGGCAAGGGGUUUUUUAUUAGUAGGAUUUCCACGUGAAAAAGAUCAAGGAAAAUUAUUUGAAAGACAAGUGAAACCGUUUGAUCUGUUGAUCUAUUUAUCAGCAAGAAAUUCAGUAUUACGCGAAAGAGUAAUGGCAAAGGCAGUUACGUUGACCGAAAGACUCGAGGCAAGUGAAGAAAAAAUGAAAGAACGUAUAAAAGGUUUUCACAAAAUGAACAAACCUAUAUUACGUCAUUACAAAAACAAACUCGCGGUAAUUAACGCCGAAAAUGACGAUGAAAAAGUUUUCGAGGAUAUAUGUCGAGCUAUAGAGAAAACAUUGAAAAUAGUUUCACCGAUAAACGUAAUCGCCUAAUUAAUUAUUAAUUACUUUGAUACGAUAGAUUGUAAUUAUUU